AUGGAGAGUCACGAAGAUGAGCCACGAUCUGGACGCCCUGCAAGUGCCAGCACCGACGGAAGCAUUGAUUGUGUUCACCACAUGGUAAUGAACGACAGGGGAUUGACUAUAAAUCAAAUAGCCAAUGUUGUUAGAAUGCCCCGUGAGAAAGUUGAAUAUAUUCUGCACAAUGAACUUGGCAUAAUUACAUCACGGAAAAAUCAGACAUUCUUUGGAAUUGAUCCUGGUGAUGUCCUUGAGUGUUUCCUAAACCAGGAUGAGUGCUGGGUUCGUCCCUUUGAGCCAGAGACAAAACGACAAGCCAUGCAAUGGGAACAUCCCUCCUCACUUGCUCUAAAAAGACAAAACUAUUUCAUCUGCAAGGACGGUAAUGGCUUCAGUUUGCGGAGAUCCAAAAUGCAUUGUGUUUAUGGACUAUUUUCAGAAAGACUACAAUAUCAAUGGAGACUACUUUACUAA